UCGUCCACGAGCAAACAGAUGCUGUACGCCCCGUCACAAUCUGGACUGCGGCGUAGUCGUUCUUGUCAUCGUCGUCUGCAUCUGCUGCAUCUGAAUCUCAUCUCUGUCUCGGUCGUUCGUAGCACGCAGUACCAGCUUCUGGCCUCGGCGGAUCGCGCCGGUGCCGAUGUGAGUCCCGGGCUCGGGAAUUGAUGAGAUGGCAGAACGAGCAUGGUGUGAUGAGGACGUUGACGAGGAUGAGUAUGAGGAUGAUCCUGAUGGGUCUGCUGCUUACACUCUGCGCCCGGGUUGAAAAUAUAUACUUUGUAGCGAGCAACAAUGCUGAGCUGGGUGAAUUAAUAGACUUUCGUGCACGCUGGAACAUCCCAAACAACCGUCCACUCGUCCAUCCACUGUCCAAGCUGUCUCGUCGGCGUCCUCACUCAAUGAAUCACUCACGGCUUAUGCCGCCUUUCCAAAUCUGUAAUUCAAUUCAAUUCCCGUCCCUCAUCAGCCCAUCUAAAGACUGCGGGGGUGCGUGUCGUUCCUGGUGUUCGGGUCCAGUAAGAAAAGGCUGACCGGUCGAUCUCCCGCGCGCGCGCACGGAAAAUGAACACACAGAUGAAAAAGUUGUGUCAAUCAUAAGAAGUCACUGAUCGCUCGCUAGCAAGAUGAGGAGAGAGAGAAGAGAAGAGAGACCGGAUAUCCA